CUCCCUCCCUCUGUUUCUCCCUUUCUCCAUAUUCCCCUCUCCAUACGCCUGUCUCUGUUUCUCUUUCUCCAAUGUUUUGAAACCGAUGAGCAUGCUGUAUGGCUCCUAGCCUCCUACUCAUCACUGCAACUGUAACAGUAACAGCAGAGAUAUCGCCACUCAAGAGGAGUGCCAUCGCAGACAUCUACACACACAGUCACACACACACACCAACGUUGGAUGAACAUCGGCUUAUUCUCCUCAAACGUACGCUGGGGAGGUAGAGAGAGAGAGAGUGUCUACCUGCGCUUCUCUCAUACACAACAGGGCUAAGAGAACUCCAGCAACCACCAGUGAUCUUAGAGGAGUCCUUGGAUUACUGAAGCUUGACUGACCAUUCUAACAAAACCAAAAGGCAACGCAACAAACCAUGAAGACCAGACUAGCCUGCCUGUCCAAUAAGUCUGACUCCUACACCGACUUCACUGAGUUCCUGCCCCCUGCCCAAGACAGGACCACCAGAUGCCUAAAGCUGACAAAAGAAGAGGUCAUUCGAUGGGCAGAUUCCUUCGAUGUUCUUCUAUCGCACAAGUAUGGCCUGGCUGCCUUCCGGGCUUUUCUCAAGACUGAGUUCAGCGACGAGAACAUUGAGUUCUGGAUGGCCUGCGAGGAAUAUAAAAAAAUCAAGACUCCCGCUAAACUGGUGACCAAAGCCAACAAGAUCUACAAUGAGUUUAUCGAUGUCAAGGCUCCCAGAGAGGUAAACAUAGACUUCCGUACACGGGAGGUGACGAGACAGAGCCUUGAGGAGCCCACUCCUUCCAGUCUGAAUGAGGUCCAGGCCAGGGUCCACAGCCUCAUGGAGAAAGACUCUUACCCACGCUUCCUCCGCUCCAAGAUCUACCAGGACUUACUCAAAACGCAGUACACACACUGCCAACGAAACUCUGUCUGAAGAACACACACGUGCAGCCGCAGAUACAUAUACGCACACUUAAGUGAUAAUGCCGUGAAGCCAGUGUUUGGAGGAUAUAUUGGCACAGGUGUUGCUAGAGACAAAGUCGAGGGUCGGCAAACCGUGCCAAUAUAUCCCCUAACAUCAGCUUCUUGGGCAUUAUCACUUUUAUACAACGGGUUAGCAACAUAUUAAAAACAUUAAUUUGAUAAAUGUAUUCAUACUAUUUCAUCCAUCCACAAUAUAUUGUCCCAAAUCUAGGGUUGCUACCCAAGCUGGCUGGUUGUUCAUUCUAUCGGUUCGGUUGCUAGAGACGCGACCCAGUCAUUCAGAUGUUUUGUUCUGUAUCUAUGGAGGCGACACAGUUGUUCCUUCUAAAUAUUCCAUUGCCAUACUGGCUAGCAACGUUCUUAUCCCUUGCUUGCUAGCUAGCAAACUACGGCUAACUUACAGUCACAUCAAAAAGUGCAGCCAGAACAACAGCAAGCAUUUGCAUUUGUUUAAGCUGUUUUCUAGUGACAUUUAUUUGGAUACAUCCAUAACAAUGAGCUAGUGAGGCACAAUUUCGCCUGGCAUAUAACAUCUGCUCACUCGUCAGGAUACAGUCGUUGAGCUAGCCAACAACACAGCUAAUGCAAUCACUUCAAACUGAAACUGGAAAGACUGCAAACUAGCUGCACUUCAUUUCGUUUUACCUUGUUUCAAUUGAUAUUUCUUUGUAUAUAUCCAUAAAAAAAUAUGCCAGCUGAUUCAUGAUUUCGACUGGCUGAGAAACGCAGGUCUCGUUCCGAUGGGACAGCUGGAGAUCGAAAUUGAAUAUUGAAACAAUGUUGUAAAUGUCAGAGAGACAUGCUGCAAGGUUUAUACAAAUCUCCUCUGAUGAAAACUAAAUGUUAGUCUAAAAUAAAUGUGAGAUAAUAUCUAGAUGCUUUUUAUAGUGGAGAUCAAGUUUAUAAAUUGCUUGGUUAGGCUGACGGAACAGUGGAUUCCGCAGUCAGAUGGAACAAAGUAAUUAGGCAUUUUAAGUUCAUAGAUUUAGCCAGUGGUAACUUGUGGAAUAGACACCGGCUGGAUUGCUGUUUUAACCAAUCAGAAUUCAGGAUUAGACCCACCCGUUGUAUAAACACACACACACAAACACACACACACACACACACACUUCUUCAGUAGUUAGAAGAACACAAGUAACCAUUAUUCCUCAAGUCCUAACUUGAGAUAUAUGUGCGUAAACCAUUUCAGUCUCCCAUUGACAUAGUGAAUCAUGUGAAAGUUUAAGUUAAAAGAUUAAGUUUAAGUAUCAACUUAAGAUUCUAACAGAGGGAUUCAUAGAAUUUAGACAUAUCGUGAUAUUGUGUCGAGCUAGUUUGCACUUAGAAAACAAAAUACCACAAGACCUUGUACUGUGUAUACUUGUAUUACUCUUAUUAGACAACGUGUUGUUUUUGUUCAUGUGUAUUUAUCCUCUCAAUAUAUACUCAUUUUGAAGUUGAUACGU